GGGCCUCGGUGACAGCGGGAACCGGCGAUCGCCUCCCCCCUCCUUAGCCAAGCAGAAGCAGAAGCAGACACAGCACAUCCCACCCUACGACGUGGUCCCCUCCAUGCGGCCUGUGGUGCUGGUGGGGCCCUCGCUGAAAGGAUAUGAGGUCACCGACAUGAUGCAGAAAGCCCUCUUUGACUUCCUCAAGCACAGAUUCGACGGCAGGAUCUCCAUCACCCACAUCACCGCUGACCUCUCCCUGGCCAAGCGCUCCAUCCUCAACAACCUGGGCAAGCAGGCCAUCCUGGAGCGCUCCACCACCCGCUCCAGCAUUGCUGAGGUGCAGAGCGAAAUCGAGCGCAUCUUCGAGCUGGCCAAGUCCCUGCAGCUGGUGGUGCUGGACGCCGACACCAUCAACCACCCAGCCCAGCUGGCCAAGACCUCUCUGGCACCCAUCAUCGUCUACGUCAAGGUGUCCUCCCCCAAGGUCCUGCAGCGGCUCAUCAAAUCCCGUGGCAAGUCCCAGGUGAAGCACCUAAACGUGCAGAUGAUGGCGGCCGACAAGCUGGUGCAGUGUCCCCCGGAGCUCUUUGAUGUGAUCCUGGAUGAGAACCAGCUGGAGGACGCCUGUGAGCACCUGGCCGAGUACCUGGAGGUGUACUGGCGUGCCACCCACCACCCCCCGCACGCCCCCCACGCCGUCCCCUCACCCACCAGCCUCCCAGGCCUGCAGAGCCAGCAGCUGCUGGGGGAGCGGGGGGAGCACUCUCCGCUGGAGCACGACAGCCUGAUGCCGUCAGACGAGGCGGGGGAGACCUCCCCCCAGCCCUGGGGGGCUGCGUCCCAGCGCAGCUCCCGGCACCUGGAGGAAGAGGAGUAUGCAGACCCCUACCCCGACCUCUACCAGCCCCACCGGCACCACAACAGCGGGCUGCAGGGGCCCGGCACGCCGGAUCGCCAAACCGAGCGCAACCAGGACAGGAACUGGCAGCGCAGCCGGCCCUGGGCCAAGGACAGCUAUUAGGGGUGGGGAGGGAGUUGGGGGGUGGGGGGCACGGCUGGGAACCGUCUCCCCACUCCCUGCUCCGCCCCAGCCCCGCGCUGGGGGUGCUCAGACAAUCUCCCUUUCUCGGGGAUCUCCUCCACACCGGCAGCUUCCUUGCGCCUGGCCCCCGGGCACCUCUUCAGCCAUAAGCACAGGGCGAGGGGGAGGGGGGCACUGUUGGGCCAGGAUGCCCCAAGACCCCCUCCCCCAGCUCCCGGGGACAGUCACAUGCCUUGUCCCUGCCUCAGUUUCCCCGCCUGGCCUCUGCAUCACAAGCCCUCUCAUUCCCCGGCAGGGCUGCUGCCAUAAACAGAAGGUGCCUCCCCCCCCUACCCCCACCCCCCCAAAAGACCUGUGGGCCAGGUAAUGAGGGGGUGGGGACAGUUCUAGCAGUGCCCCCCAUCCCACGCAGACCCAAGAAAGAAGGGGAAGGUGCCCACUCUCCCCCUGCCAGGGCUUGGACUGCCCCCUCCCCUGCCCCUGCAUGGGACCCCCCCAGGAGGAGGGGGCUGCACCACUUGCUUCGCUUUGCACCGAUUUCUCCCUGCCCUGGUCACCACUGCCAAACCCCCCCAGGAUGGGGGAUAAAGAGGGGUGGCUGGACCCCACACGGAGAGGGGGGCCGCUCCAUGCCUGCACUCACUGCCCUGUGUCCCCCGCCCUCCUCCUCCUCCUCCUCGCGUAGCUGUCACCGCACGUCACCACACAGUCCUGUAAAUACGGUGCCCACCGCCCUUCACCGGGGGCUGCUCGGUGGAGGGUCCCGGUGCUGGGCCGAGCCCCCCCUCCAAGCUGGUGGUGGGGGGGGCGACAGGUGGGAGCCACAGAUUUGUUAUAAUUUCUUUUGUAGAAAGCACUGAUUUCCCUGUAACCCGUUUCAGAAACACAAGAGUGCUCGGA